AUGACAACUACUGCAGGCGGCGGGGCCCAGUGCCGCACCCCGGAACAGUACACCAAGAGUCUACAACAGGCCUGCGCAGAAUCGCAACAGAGCGAGCUAUUCUCCAGGGUGCAGUAUCAGUUUCUAGCAGACUACCUUAAAUCUACGUCCCGGCAUGAUGUACCCACGCCACCCGGCGGGCUCGGGAGAGGAGGAGGAAUGCCAGCGCCAACUCGACAAGACCGGUUCACGUAUGUCGUUGUGCACACGAUCGCAAAUGGGAGCAUCAAGCGGCAGGACUUCGACCACAAGCUCGGCCUAGAGGAGUUCUGGGCUGUCCCCGAAGCAGAGCCAGGCACAGACCAAGUUAUUUUCGUGCGCGGGUCGCUAUCGCCGGCGUGGAUUGAGAUGCUCGGGUCAAAGUACAAGAUUGACCCGGAAUUCUUCAGGCGGCAUCUUCAGUAUCUCUCUCGACAUGACUACUCUGACCUCUUGCCACUGCCGUCUGCGUCGACGAACAUGCUCUUCUUGCCUGUGGCGUCGUUGUAUACUCGUUCGCUUGCGCUCAGCCAGGACCAGGUGACGAAGCGAAGAAAGGAGGAUUACAAUGUUAUGCGGAGCAAUCACCAGGCGAUCCGGCAAAAGGCGAGCUGCGGGGAGUCGGUUGUGAGGAAGGUCUCGACGUUGAGCGAUCGGUUGUUGUCACUGGAGCAUGAUAUCUCGAUAUAUACGCGCGAUAGGAAGAGCGGCGGUCGCUUUGUGGUUGUGCUGCUAGACAACGGGCUGAAUUUGAAUCGAGCCGACGGCCCCCCAUGUUUUAGUCGACAUGACUCCCAAGUAAAGAACCGCACCAGCAAUGAAAUCUCUCUGAAUCCAAUCCUCGUUCCUCGACCCGACACUGUGCAUAUCGGAGUCGACCAUCCUCGUGUCCCUGACCAUGAUCGCGCGCACGCAACCCAUCCAAGCUCGUUCUGCCAUGUCGUGUCAUUACUACCCUUCCACUUUGGCAUGUCUCUAGGGUCAAAAUCGCUCUCAUCGUCGCCGCGGCCGGAAAUCGCGGUCUUGCUGAAGGAGGUGUUUCAACUUUUCGCAAGUGCGGAGUGUCAGUUCCUCAACCGCGUGCAUGGGGUCGUGCGAGAACAGCAAGGGCAUUUGGGCGACGAGAAGCAGAUGGAGCUUGUGUUGAAUACCCUAGUAUACAUCAAGACACUGCUAGAUGAACACAAACUUCGAUUUCAGCAGGCACUUGCCAUCUUGAGCUAUCACGGAACUUCCAGCUCCGGCGCAGUCCCUAAUGUUCGAGUCUCUUGGCUUCCGCCAGCCCCGCAAUUCAUCCCGCAAGGAGAGCUGCGGUCAGCAUACGCGGAUUUCGAGGAACUCCUGAACAGGAACAAAGCGCUCGGUGACCUUUGCGUCGAGAGCAUGAGCUUGAUCAUGAACACGGCCAUGCUGAAAGAGUCGCAGAAGGCCGUCGAACGAGCAGACGACCAGAGGCGGUUGACGACACUGGCCUACUUCUUCCUGCCAAUUACACUAGUGUCAUCUGUCUUCGGCAUGAAUGUGAAACAGUUCGGUACGGGCUCUCAGCCUAUCUGGCUUCCGGCUGCUAUUCUAGUUCCAGUCGCGCUAUUUGCGCUGAUCCUCUCGCACCCGCAAUACUUCAAGCCAAUUGUGACGAAGUUGCUGAAGCCGCGGCGGCAAAAUAUACCAAGCUACCAGACCCAAGGUGCAACGAGGCUGUUGAGCGUUUCUAGCGUCACCGGGCGCCGCUCAUAA